AUUUAUCACGAUUGACAGAUCUAGCUUUCAUUGCCUGCUGUUCAUCUGUACAAUAUUUUCCAAUUUUUCUAAACCCAAAUAAACCGUGAAUAAUGGCUUGCAGAAUGAUAAUUCCACCUGCGGCUCGUGUCCUCAGUCAGCUAGGGAUCCGUGGCAUUACGACACAAGUGUUGGCUUCGCGCUGUGCGAUCAUCAAGGAUGAAAUAACCCAUACUGGCCAGUUCUACGACGAGAAGGAUUACCGUAACGCUCGUUUCGUAAACGCCGAAAAAGUUGUCAACCCAAGCUGGGCUAUUAAGCUGAUCGAUGAGACACCGAUAAUCGAGUCAACUCAACGGGUUGUGUACUGUGACGGUGGUACUGACCCGGCACUAGGACAUCCGAAGGUGUACAUCAAUCUGGAUAAACCUGGAGCUCACGCUUGUGGAUACUGCGGACAGCGUUUCCAGAAAAAAGAUCACCACCACUAAAGAAUUGUUUUGUAAUGUAUAGAUGUAAACUGCAAUAGAAAAUUUAACAUCGCAAAA